AUUCCCCAGCCUGCUUUUCCUUUUCCCUCCCUCUCCCCACCCCUCAACCCCCCCUCCCCGUCCCCCCGCCGGCUAUUCCCUCCUUCCUCGGGACGCCACCUCCCGGAAUCGCCUUUUUUUCUGUUGUUUUGGAUCUGGCUUCUCGCUGGCGGCGCCGAGGAGCCGCGAACGCUAGAGAAGAACGCGGGCUCGGGGCGCAACCCGCCGCCCACCGGCGGGAUCCCGCAGGGCAGAGCAGAGGACGGACGGACAGACGGCUGGACAGACGGCCGGCCGCACCAUCACCUCUCCGAGCUCACUCUCCAAACUCCUGUUGAGUGUGUGCGUGCACGCGAGGGGUGAGGGGUCUACGUCCGGCUCGCCGGGGCCGGUUACCAAGGGGAUUACCUUUGGACGGGGGUCCUUGGACUCAGAUCAGGGUCAUCUUCAGGCUCAGAAACUGCUGAGGAAUUAGGCAAACAAAAGAGGCCACUCAGCUAGUGGCCAGGAGUCGCCUGAGCGCCUCGUCGCGUCCCCUCCUUUCCCCCGGGUGGAGGCUGGCCGCUUGGGGGCGGGGAGAGGGCACCCGAGCCGGCUGGGGGCUGGGGGCCGGGCCGGGCCGCCGGGUCGCAGAGUUGGCCGGCCUGUUGUGUAAGCCUCAGUCCUUGUUUUCCCGGCCUGGCUUGUUGUGAAGCCGGACACAUCCACCCCUGGAUUCGACUCAGGAGGCUGCCGCUUUUCUCCUUGCCCCUCUUGGAUUUUCUGGAUUUUUGAAAACCCAGUGGCCCAGGAAGAGGAGGAGGAAGGAGGAAGGAGAUCUGCAGAGGAAUGUGAGAGCCUCCAGAGGCCCAGGCUGGAGGGGCCAGAAGGAGCUGGGAGCCAGAGCUGCCGGAGUUUCUGGGACGGUGGUUUCCCAGUGAUUCUCUUCUAUUUUAGAACAUUGUUUCAGCGGAGAGUGUCCAAUUUUGCCUGCUCAGGGCUGGUUUUCUCCUAGUCACUUGACUUUUCUUCUAGGAGUGGGAGGAGGAGAGACUCUCCCGUGCAGGGGCUGUGGAAGGAAGGGAGGAAGACCAGGGACAUGAGCCCUCCCCGCUCACAGGCAUGUGCCAGCAGACCUGGUAGGGCCGAUUCUGGGCCGUGGACAUUGCUUUGAAGAGAGGAAGGCUGGAUACCUUCUGUGGGUGCUCAGACCCCGCAGUAAGGACUGAGAGACUGAGGGCUGUGGCCGGCCUUGAGCUGCUCGUGCAUCCUCAGACACCCUAACAAGUGUCCUCAGUUCUGGACAGGACUCUCCUCAUCGUUCUCUACCACUGGCCCAGACAUGGCACUCAAAGGGCGAGCCCUCUAUGACUUCCGCAGCGAGAACAAGGAGGAGAUCAGCAUCUGGCAGGACGAGGACCUGGUCAUCUUCAGCGAGACCUCGCUGGAUGGCUGGCUGCAGGGCCAGAACAGCCGUGGGGAGACCGGGCUCUUCCCUGCCUCUUAUGUGGAGAUCCUCCGUUCUGACACCGGCUCCAACCAUGCCGACUACUCCGGCAGCCCUGCAGGCUCUCUGAGCACCCAGGUGAGCUUGUAUGACAGCUCCAACACUUCCAGGAGUGGUGGCUUCCUGUCAAACCAGGGUAGUUUCGAGGAGGACGAUGACGAUGACUGGGAUGACUGGGAUGAUGGAUGCACGGUGGUGGAGGAGCCACGGGCUGGUGGGCUGGGCACCAACGGGCACCCUCCGCUCAACCUCUCCUACCCUGGUGCCUACCCCAGCCAACACAUGGCCUUCCGGCCCAAGCCACCGCUGGAGCGGCAGGACAGCCUGGCCUCUGCCAAGCGAGGCAGCGUGGUGGGGCGCAACCUCAACCGCUUCUCGUGCUUCGUGCGCUCUGGUGUGGAGGCCUUCAUCCUGGGCGACGUGCCCAUGAUGGCCAAGAUCGCUGAGACAUACUCCAUUGAAAUGGGCCCUCGCGGCCCCCAGUGGAAGGCCAACCCCCACCCGUUUUCCUGCUCCGUGGAGGACCCCACCAAACAGACCAAAUUCAAGGGCAUCAAAAGCUACAUCUCCUACAAGCUCACACCCACUCACGCCAGCUCACCUGUCUACCGGCGCUACAAACACUUCGACUGGCUCUACAACCGUCUGUUGCACAAAUUCACUGUCAUUUCAGUGCCUCACCUCCCGGAGAAGCAGGCCACAGGUCGCUUUGAGGAGGACUUCAUUGAGAAGCGGAAGCGGCGGCUUAUCCUCUGGAUGGACCACAUGACCAGCCACCCUGUGCUGUCCCAGUAUGAGGGUUUCCAGCAUUUCCUCAGCUGCCUGGAUGACAAGCAGUGGAAGAUGGGCAAACGCCGGGCCGAGAAGGACGAGAUGGUGGGCGCCAGCUUCCUGCUCACCUUCCAGAUCCCUACGGAGCACCAGGACCUGCAGGACGUGGAGGACCGCGUAGACACCUUCAAAGCCUUCAGCAAGAAGAUGGACGACAGCGUCCUGCAGCUCAGCACGGUGGCCUCGGAGCUGGUGCGCAAGCAUGUGGGGGGCUUCCGCAAGGAAUUCCAGAAGCUGGGCAAUGCCUUCCAGGCCAUCAGCCACGCCUUCCAGAUGGACCCCCCCUUCAGCUCUGAGGCCCUCAACAGCGCCAUCUCUCACACGGGCCGAACCUAUGAAAUGGUUGGUGAGAUGUUCGCCGAGCAGCCCAAGAAUGACCUCUUCCGGAUGCUCGACACACUGUCUCUCUACCAGGGCCUGCUUUCCAACUUCCCCGACAUCAUCCACCUGCAGAAAGGCGCCUUCGCCAAGGUGAAGGAGAGCCAGCGCAUGAGUGACGAGGGCCGCAUGGCGCAGGAGGAGGCUGACGGCAUCCGCCGGCGCUGCCGCGUGGUGGGCUUUGCCCUGCAGGCCGAGAUGAACCACUUCCACCAGCGCCGCGAGCUCGACUUCAAGCACAUGAUGCAGAACUACUUGCGCCAGCAGAUCCUGUUCUACCAGCGGGUCGGCCAGCAGCUGGAGAAGACGCUGCGCAUGUAUGACAGCCUCUGACCACCUGGCUCAGGCCCUCGCCCCGCCCCCGGGGCCUUCCCACACCAGCAGUGCCUGGAGGGCGGGGAGUUGGGGGUGGCCUCUGGAGGAGUCAUGAAUAUCCCUGGGAAAGUCCCCCACCCCUUAGAGCUGGGGGCACAGCGGGGAUGAGAACAGGGCCAGGAGCCCUCCAGGCCCAGGCCUGGGCUGCUGGUCAGUCAGUUGAGGCCAGGCCGGGGUCUUAGCUUCCCCUGGAGCCUUUAGCGCAUGCCCACCUGGCCACUUCCCCCUCAUUUGUUCCGUAGACAUGCGGGCCUGCUGCGGCCCCAGGUCAGACACUGGGCAUCCAGGGCUGUGACAUGCCUGCUUUUGUCCCCACUUGAAGUGGGGGGUCAGACACAGAAGCAGGCAGGGGCAAUACAGAAUGAUUGAUGGUAAGGAAGGGGCUUCUGGAAGCUCGUGGAAGGGACCACUCCUUCUGCCGGUCAGGGAUGACUCCAUGGAGCAGGUGACGUGGGAGCAGUGUGUCUUGAAGGAUGACAAGAACCUGCCAGACAGUGGGGACAGUGGACGGGGAAGGCAUUCAGAGAAGAACAGCCUGGACAAAGCUGUGGAGGCAUAGAAACGCCUCUUCUCCUCUCCUUUAUCUUUCCCCAGCAAGUUUGGUGCCCCCUUGGUGUGUCCCCUUGUGUGACAGAGGGCAGGGAUCUGCCUGGCUCCCAUGCCCCGUCCCUGCCCUGCUCCCCGCCACCCCGCAGGAGGAGCUGCAGGCCAAUUCCCUCCUGACUCCCCCUUCACCAGCUGAGCCCCCUCACUCCCUGGCUAGGGACCAUGCAGCAUCUUUGCCCUGGGCUCAAGGUGCUGAGACAAGCCACAGACCGCAGGAUUUUGGUGGUACCAGCCUGAAGGGCACACCCACAAGUUACUGGGUAUUUGAGUUCACCAGCCAUAGCUCUCACACUCUGGGCAGGCUUGGAUCUCCGGCUCCCAGGGGCCAGCUUACCCGUCGCCCCAGGGAUCCUGGGCCCACCUGCCCGUCACCAGGCUCACUGUGAUGCCAUCCAGGUCCUGGGGGGAUUGUGCUGUCUCCCACUCAUGUUUACAUCCUCGAGGGAGCUCUUCCCACACCCCCCAGGCCGGGGUAUGGUCGGAAACUGACAGAUGCCACUGCCGGCCCUCCCGGGAGGUCAUGGCUAUUUCUGGCUGCUGCUGCUUCAAUCUUCAUUCUUUCUUGUUUUCUUGAUAAACCUUUUCCAAUUAUGAUAACAAAAGUAUGACUCCUUAUUUGGAUCCUGGAGGGGAUGAGGGUGGAGGGAAGGAUGGAGCUCUAGUUGUCCCUGGGAGCAGCUGGACCAGAUUCUGAGGUCGUGAUGGGCACAGCAUUCACCCCAGAACCUCAAAAGUUGGUGGGGAGAGGGCAGUGCAGGUGGUUGGGGCUAGCUGGGGACCUCUGGGUGGCCAUGGACCCCACCUCAAUGCAGACCCUUCCUAGACCUCACCUCUUUUCUCAAGUGGGUGGAGUCCUGCUGGGGGUUUGGCUCUGCUGCUCUGUGAUCCAGGACUGAGGGUCACAUGAGGAAGGGACAGUCUAGUCGACAGGGGGUUCAGUCUCCCCAGGAGGCCACAUCACAGCCUUGCCCCCAGGAAAGCCCAGUCCAAGAGAGGGGGUAGGACUCAGACCCUGUGUCCUUCCCCGGGCCGUCCAGUCCAGGGUGCCCAGCCCUGAGUGGCUUCCUGGUUGGAAACUGAGGUGGACCCCCCAGCUGUGCCCUUGGGCGUGUCCUAGGCAGGAUGGAAAAGAAUCUGUUUGCACACGGGAAAGAGGAGGGCUGGGAGGUCAAGGUCCUCUUGGGGGCAGUGGGGACUGGGUGGGGGGAGGGCUGCUGGGGUCCGGGCAUCAGGGGAGGCUUUGGCUGGGCUGGGGGCUGCGGGAGCUCACGGCAGUGAGAUGGAAUAAGGGGCGGCAGGUAUAGCAGGGUAGAGGCAGUAAAGGCUCCCAGAUCCAGCAGAGCGUCCUCAGAGGAACUUCUGGAAUGGGCCCCUGGCCCUGGGUCAAAAUUAGGUCAGAUUUGGGACUUUCUGUGGAAUUUUCCCCUCUCUUCUCCCUGCCCUCCUUUCAUUUUCCAACCCAUCCGAGGACCUUCCCACCCUUAACCUCUUCUCAGCUUCAACCUCCAGGCAGCCUUCUGCAGUGAGCUCUCUGACCAUGGGGAGAGGCGGGGGUGAGGGGUGGUCUUCCCAGGGCUCGUCUGUGUUGAGUGAUGGGAAUGCUCUUAACACCAGUGCCUGGAGAGUCCCCUGUUCAUGCUUCCUGCCCUGGGAAUAGCGUCACCUCUUGUGUUUCUCGAGAGGAGGGACCACCUCCCACACCUUCUGUCCUCAGGGUGAGGGGGUCUGGUCUGACAUGUUUCUCAGGAGGGGCUGCACCUAGGAAAAGUAUCGAGAUGUGAGGUAAGGGAAGGGAAGGACAGGCCAAGCCUCUGAGGUCUCUAGGCUGGGAUGGACAUCUGUGUAGUGGAAGCGGGGAUGUCACAGCCCUUCUCUCAGUGUGGGUCGGGGUGCUGGGGAAUUUGAGAUUGAUCUAGGCUAGCCGGACUCUUUCAGCAAGGGCUGGGGGACCAAUGUGCAUGGGGGACCAGUCUGGUGGUGGCUGGGCCUGCUGGCCGGCCUCAGUCACACGCCAGGCAGAUGUUCCAGACUGAGCUGGGCCCAGCUGCCUCCAGUUUCCUCCCUUGGGAGGAGGGUGGAAAACAAGGCCUCUCUUUCUGCCCUGGGCAGCUACCAGGACCUGGAGGUGGGGGCCAGGGGACCCCGAGCCCCAGUCUUGGCCCAGCCCGGGGAAGGAGUCUGCUUUGUGGCCUCAUAUGGCGGUUGGGGAAUGGGGAUGGCUCUGUGAUCCCGCAUCCUAUUGCCUCCUGGGCACAGGAGGGCCAUGGACCACGGGGCCACUGCUGGGCCACGGCUGUAGCAGAGCCAGGUCUGGUCACAGACACGGUUGCCCAACCCAAAGCAGAUGGAGCCACACAACCUGCCCACGGGCACACAGGUCACACCUGGCUACACACACACACACACACACACACACAUAUGCAUGGUCACAUGCUGACACACCUGCACUCCCAGCCACAGUGCCACACAGUCACACCUUCCCAGCCACGUCCACACUUGCCCACCCCUACAUGCAUGUUGUCUGUCUCAGCCACUUUGUCACUCAUAGCCCCACCAUAGUCCUGUGCACACAGGACUCACCCGGGGCACACGCACCAAGACAUGCAUGGCCACAAAGUCACACAUGCACAUAGCGAAGGUGUCAUACACAUAGAUGCUCAUAGACUCGGCCUGCAUCACCUCCUGGGGGAACCAGUCCGGAUCCUCCAUUAUCUGACACCACCAAAUUCAGUUCCUCGUUGCACAGAUGGGAAACCUGGCUAUAUCACCCAGCAGGGAUGGGGUAUGCUCUGGGGUUGGAGACCAGUUCCCAGUAGGCUCUGUGGCCUGGCCUUGGCAACUCCUGGGCGGUCCCUGGGGCCAGGUUGCCUCUGAAGGCCCCUGGCUGAACCCACUCAACAAAGCUCCAGGCAUCUCGCAUCUAAGAGCCAGGAUGUGGUGGGCAAGUCCCAGGCCUGGGCGGGAGGAACAUUCCUGCACCAUCUCCUCCCCAAGCCUGCAAGGACUGGGCCCGCCCUGCCUGCCCGCCCGCUGACUCAGGCCUCCAGGAGCCAAGCCGGCUUGGCUCCCUCACCCACCCCAACCCACCCCAACCUGCUUCCCCACCACUGUGGCUCUGAUCCCUCUCUCUGCUGCUUGGGGCAAGAGGAGAUGGUGAGGCCUUGGCAAAAAGACCAUGAGGAAGCAUAAAAAUUCACCUCCCCCAGAUAUAGCUCAGAAGGGCUGAUUGUGAAACCCCGCUCCGGGCUUUGGCAAAGCUUUUUUCCUUUGGUUUUGUUUGGUUAGUCAAACCCCAAUGCAGUCUAGUCUGUUUAAAAAGCAGUGUCUCACACAGUUGUGUCCUCCUUGGUCCACAUGGCAGCCCUGGUAGGCAGUUAUGCCAUUUCACAGACAAAGAGAUUGAGGCUUGGCCCGAGAGAGGAUGUGACCUGGCUAGGAUCACAGAGUGGGUCAGGGGUGGGGCUAGACUUGAACCCAGCUCUCUGGCCUCAUUCCCUAAAGUCACCUUGAUUAACUCCAGAGGGGUUGGCAGAUCUUAGCUCCAGAGGUGUGAAAGAAUGGGAGGCUGGCAAACUAACUGCUGAAAUGUGCAGGGACUUUGAGGGUGGGGUGACUCCCGCCAGCCCCCCAGGGAUGAAGAGGCUGAGGGCGGCAUUGCACAGUGAGGUCUGCAGUGACUCAGGGUCUCCAUUUACAAAUGAACAUGUGCGAGGAACAUCACUUCAUUUUUCUGUAAUGACCUGAAUUUCCCUUUUGCUUUCUCGUUAACCCACCCAAUAGAAAAGUAAUCUGAAAUCAGUCUUGGGACCCUCCUUUCCUCAGGGAGGCACGUAAGUUUUGGGGUUGGCACAUUUGAAGACCCUAGGAAGACCCCUGGCACUUUGAAUUUUAGAUGCUAAAUCCCUGAUCCUAUCACUCAUGUGAAAUUUUGCCUGCAUUCCUCAUUAAAGGUCAUUCAUAUAUAGCUA